AUGAAACCAGCGGUGGACGAGAUGUUCCCUGAAGGCGCCGGACCUUAUGUGGAUCUAGACGAGGUUAGUAAGUUAAUCAUCAGGCGACACGAGAGACCUAGCCUAGCUACAACUUCAACGCUAACCUAGCCACCAACUAGUUAACGUUAGUGACUCGGAUAGAAAAAACGCUGUCGUGUUCAACACACAGUUGUUGGGAACUUGCUACUACUAACGUUGGCUAGCUAUAUGUAGUAAAUCUAGGUAGUUAUGCAUUUUGUCAGAGAGACGCUAGAAACGUGUAUAACUGUAGUAGAGAGUGCAUGGCGGGCGCUAGAUCUGCAAUAUCGUCUAUGCUUGAUGCAAUCUCUAUUGCACUCCACACUGCCCUUUCCCACCUGGACAAGAGGAACACCUAUGUGAGAAUGCUAUUCAUUGACUACAGCUCAGCGUUCAACACCAUAGUGCCCUCAAAGCCCAUCCCUAAACUAAGGACCCUGGGACUAAACACCUCCCUCUGCAACAGGAUCCUGGACUUCCUGACGGGCCGCCCCCAGGUGGUAAGGGUAGGUAACAACACAUCUGCCACACUGAUCCCCUCAGGGGUGCGUGCUCAGUCCCCUCCUGUACUCCCUGUUCACCCAUGACUGCAUGGCCAGGCACGACUCCAACACCAUCAUUAAGUUUGCCGACGACACAACAGUGGUAGGCCUGAUCACCGACAAUGAUGAGACAGCCUAUAGGGAGGAGGUCAGAGACCUGGCCGUGUGGUACCAGGAUAACAACCUCUCCCUCAACGUGCUCAAGACAAAGGAGAUGAUUGUGGACUACAGGAAAUAAAAGAGGACUGAGUACGCCCCCAUUCUCAUCGACAGGGCUGUAGUGGAACAGGUUGAGAGCUUCAAGUUCCUUGGUGUCCACAUCACCAACAAACUAUCAUGGUCCAAACACACCAAGACAGUCGUGAAGAAGGCACGACAAAGCAUAUUCCCCCUCAUGAGACUGAAAAGAUUUGGCAUGGGUCCUCAGAUCCUCAAAAAGUUGCAUCAGUAUGGCAACAGUAUGGCAACAGUAUGGCAAGGUUGCAUCAGUAUGGCAACUGCUCGGCCUCCGACCGCAAGGCACUACAGAGGGUAGUGCGUACGGCCCAGUUCAUCACUGGGGCCAAGCUUCCUGCCAUCCAGGACCUCUAUACCAGGCGGUGUCAGAGGAAGGCCCUAAAAAUUAUCAAAGACUCCAGCCACCCUAGUCAUAGACUGUUCUCUCUGCUACCGCACAGCAAGCGGUACCGGAGCGCCAAGUCUAGGUCCAAAAGGCUUCUUAACAGCUUCUACCCCCAAGCCAUAAGACUCCUGAACAGCUAAUCAUGGCUACCCUGACUAUUUGCAUUGCCUCCCCCCACCCACCCCACCUCAAACCACUCUUUUACGCUGCUGCUACUCUGUUUAUUUUUUAUGCAUAGUCACAUUAACUCUACCCACAUGUACAUAUUACCUCAAUUACCUCGACUAACCGGUGCCCCCGCACAUUGAUUCUGUACCGGUACCCCCUGUAUAUAACCUCCCUACUGUUAUUUUAUUAUACUGCUGCUCUUUAAUUAUUUGCUAUUUAAAAAUGUUCUUAAACUGCAUUGUUAGUUAUGGGCUUGUAAGUAAGCAUUUCACUGUAAUGUUUACACCUGUUGUAUUCGGCGCAUGUGGCAAAUACAAUUUGAUUUGAUGUGCAACGCAUUAGCCCUUGAUCAUGACUCUCUGUUCCAUUACAUUACAAAUACGAGUCAUUGGACGAAGGCGUCUUCUGUACGAGGGUAGUUUGUUAAGAGCGGUGAUGCUCGGUCUGAAUAUUAACACGCAUCGUUUGCGGUACGGUUUUGGAAGCAUAAGGACCUUAUCUUUCAUAUAAAAAAUAAAGGUUACAUUGAUAUACACCUUUAUAGGGUUAGUGUUCCCACACAGCCAUUUAUUCAUCUUACAGCGCUUGUUUACGGAAAACAGAUGGAAUGACGGGUGACCACCUGUGCAAAUUAGCUAUCUAGCGUGCUCCUGUGUGUAAGCCUAACUCAGGAAGUGUAGCAGAAGUGUAGUUUCAUCAGAAGGAGGCACCCAUAGCUGUAUGGAUCAGUGCAAACCUGCUACAGUAAGUGCAUCUUUUAUUUGAAGGAUUCUAUCUCGCUGAUGAAAGAUAAGGACCAUAUGUUUCGAAAGCCGAAUUGCAAGUGAUGAUUAUUGACGUUUCUAAACGUAAAACACAGCGUCGGGAUCGUAGUUCACAUGAGCCAGUCGUGGGCGAAGCGGAGGGACAGUUUAGGUCAAAAAACUGUCUGUGUUGAUGUGCAUUCCCGGUAAUACACUCGUGUCCCCCGUGGACUGGCUCGUACAUAAAGCAUCCUUCAUUCGUUGGCAAAGCUGAGGGCUGAAAACUGUAGGGAGAAGGCAGAAUGCUGACUAGAGUUUUUCGAGAACUAGAUGUGCAUGCCCAGUAAUACACUCAUGGACCGGCUCGUACAUAAAGCAUCGUCCAUUCAGACGUAAUUUCCAUUCUUAACUAGUUUUAAUGGCGAGAAGGCGGAAAACUCUAGGCAGCAUUCUGCCUUCUCCCUACAGUUUUCAGCCCUCAGCUUUGCCAACGAAUGAAGGAUGCUUUAUGUACGAGCCAGUCCACGGGGGACACGAGUGUAUUACCGGGAAUGCACAUCAACACAGACAGUUUUUUGACCUAAACUGUCACCUUUUUGUCUGUAGAGUGAACUGUCUUUGAUUUCUAGCUCAUGUGUUUUCUUUACAUUGAUAAAUGGGUUACAUUGUUUUAAAACUGUUUCUGUGUGUGCGUGUGUCUGUUCUUCAGGCAGGGGGCAGCAGCGGUCUGCUCAUGGACCUGGCAGCAAAUGAGAAAGCAGUGCACUCAGACUUCUUCAACGGUCAGACAGACACACAAAUAACACAUACAGUGGGGUAAAAAAGUAUUUAGUCAGCCACCAAUUGUGCAAGUUCUCCCACUUAAAAAGAUGAGAAAGGCCUAUAAUGUUCAUCAUAGGUACACGUCAACUAUGACAGACAAAAUGAGAUUUUUUUUCUCCAGAAAAUCACAUUGUAGGAUUUUUAAUGAAUUUAAUUGCAAAUUAUGGUGGAAAAUAAGUAUUUGGUCAAUAAAAAAAGUUUCUCAAUACUUUGUUAUAUACCCUUUGUUGGCAAUGACACAGGUCAAACGUUUUCUGUAAGUCUUCACAAGGUUUUCACACACUGUUGCUGGUAUUUUGGCCCAUUCCUCCAUGCAGAUCUCCUCUAGAGCAGUGAUGUUUUGGGGCUGUCGCUGGGCAACACAGACUUUAAACUCUCUCCAAAGAUUUUCUAUGGGGUUGAGAUCUGGAGACUGGCUAGGCCACUCCAGGUCCUUGAAAUGCUUCUUACGAAGCCACUCCUUCGUUGCCCGGGCGGUGUGUUUGGGAUCAUUGUCAUGCUGAAAGACCCAGCCACGUUUCAUCUUCAAUGCCCUUGCUGAUGGAAGGAGGUUUUCACUCAAAAUCUCACGAUACAUGGCCCCAUUCAUUCUUUCCUUUACACGGAUCAGUCGUCCUGGUCCCUUUGCAGAAAAACAGCCCCAAAGCAUGAUGUUUCCACCCCCAUGCUUCACAGUAGGUAUGGUGUUCUUUGGAUGCAACUCAGCAUUAUUUGUCCUCCAAACACGGCGAGUUGAGUUUUUACCAAAAAGUUAUAUUUUGGUUUCAUCUGACCAUAUGACAUUCUCCCAAUCCUCUUCUGGAUCAUCCAAAUGCACUCUAGCAAACUUCAGACGGGCCUGGACAUGUACUGGCUUAAGCAGGGGGACACGUCUGGCACUGCAGGAUUUGAGUCCCUGGCGGCGUAGUGUGUUACUGAUGGUAGGCUUUGUUACUUUGGUCCCAGCUCUCUGCAGGUCAUUCACUAGGUCCCCCCGUGUGGUUCUGGGAUUUUUGCUCACCGUUCUUGUGAUCAUUUUGACCCCACGGGUGAGAUCUUGCGUGGAGCCCCAGAUCGAGGGAGAUUAUCAGUGGUCUUGUAUGUCUUCCAUUUCCUAAUAAUUGCUCCCACAGUUGAUUUCUUCAAACCAAGCUGCUUACCUAUUGCAGAUUCAGUCUUCCCAGCCUGGUGCAGGUCUACAAUUUUGUUUCUGGUGUCCUUUGACAGCUCUUUGGUCUUGGCCAUAGUGGAGUUUGGAGUGUGACUGUUUGAGGUUGUGGACAGGUGUCUUUUAUACUGAUAACAAGUUCAAACAGGUGCCAUUAAUACAGGUAACGAGUGGAGGACAGAGGAGCCUCUUAAAGAAGAAGUUACAGGUCUGUGAGAGCCAGAAAUCUUGCUUGUUUGUAGGUGACCAAAUACAUAUUUUCCACCAUAAUUUGCAAAUAAAUUCAUUAAAAAUCCUACAAUGUGAUUUUCUGGAUUUUUUGAGGUUGUGGACAGGUGUCUUUUAUACUGAUAAGUUCAAACAGGUGCCAUUAAUACAGGUAACGAGUGGAGGACAGAGGAGCCUCUUAAAGAAGAAGUUACAGGUCUGUGAGAGCCAGAAAUCUUGCUUGUUUGUAGGUGACCAAAUACUUAUUUUCCACCAUAAUUUGCAAAUAAAUUCAUUAAAAAUCCUACAAUGUGAUUUUCUGGAUUUUUUUUCCUCAAUUUGUCUGUCAUAGUUGACAUGUACCUAUGAUGCAAAUUACAGGCCUCUCUCAUCUUUUUAAGUGGGAGAACUUGCACAAUUGGUGGCUGACUAAAUACUUUUUUCCCCCACUGUAUAUACAGUGAGCACCAUAGUUCAUUGGACAGUGACCUUUUUUUGUGUUAUUUUGGUUCUGUACUCUAGCACUUUGAGUUUGAAAGGAUACAAUGACAAUGCGGGUGAAGUGCAGAUUGUCAGCUUUAAUUUGAGGGUAUUUUCAUACAUAUUGGAUGAACCGUUUAGAAAUGACAAUUUUAAGGUACUACAAGUAUUUGUUAAAUUGGCUUCGCAGAUGUGUGUCGUUAGGCAGGUGUAUUCAUUUGUGUCGUUAGUGAAUGCAGGAAAGCGGUUGAUGAAUAGUAUUGAUUCUAGACUUUGCUAUUGCCUUUGGAGGUUGUUGUUGGGGUGUGACAACAUGAGGAAGACAGCAGUGUCGAUGCAAAUGAAGCUGGCCGUCAUAAGGCUCAGAAAUGAAAAUCAAUCAAUCAGGAACAUUGCAAAAACCCUGGCCAUGCCCAAGUCAACAGUUUGGUUCAUCAUUAACAAGAAAAAAACUACCGGUGAACUCAACUACAGGAGGCUCUCCUGUAGCUCAGUUGGUAGAGCAUGGCGCUUGCAACGCCAGGGUUGUGGGUUCGAUUCCCACAGGGGGCCAGUAUGAAAAAUGUAUGCACUCACUAACUGUAAGUCGCUCUGGAUAAGAGCGUCUGCUAAAUGACUGAAAUGUAAAAUGUAAAUGUAAUGUCAAAAGACCCGGUAGACCGAGGAAGACCACUGUAGUGGAUGACCGGAGAAUACUCUCUAUGGUGAAGAAAACCCCCCUGACAACAGCCCAACAGAUCAUAAACACUCUCCUGGAUGCAGGUGUAGAUGUGUCAAAGUCUACCAUACGUAGAAGACUACACCAGCAGGACUACAGAGGGUACACUACAAGAUGCAAACCACUGAUAAGCCUGAAGAACAGAAAGGCGAGAUUACAGUUUGCUAAAAAGCACCUAAAAGAGCCCCAAGAGUUCUGGAAAAAAGUAUUGUGGACAGAUGAGACAAAGAUUAACACGUACCAGAGUGAUGGAAAGAGGAAAGUGUGGAGAAAAAAAAAAGAAAUGCCCAUGAUCCAAAGCAUACCACCUCAUCCGUGAAACAUGGUGGAGGGGGUGUUAAGGCUUGGGCCUGUAUGGCUGCCAGUGGAACAGGUUCUCUUGUCUUCAUCGAUGAUGUGACUGCAGACAGAAGUAGAACAAUGAAUUCUGAAGUCUACAGAAAUAUUUUAUCUGCUCAGAUAAAACCAAAUGCCUCCAAACUCAUUGGACGGCACUUCAUCAUGCAACAAGACAAUGACCCUAAACAUACUGCUAGAGCAACGAAGGGGUUUUUGAUGGCCAAAAAGUGGAAAAUCCUUGACUGGCCGAGUCAAUCACCGGAUCUGAAUCCAAUUGAACAUGCAUUUUACAUGCUGAAGAGGAGACUGAAGGCAAUAAGUCUCCGAAACAAGCAGGAACUGAAGAUGGCUGCAGUACAGGCCUGGCAGAGCAUCACCAGGGAAGAUACCCAGCGUCUGGUGAUGUCGAUGCAUGCAAAGGAUAUGCGACCAAAUAUUAACAAUGAUUACUUUAUUCUACAUUAUGUUAAACUGUCCAAUGUUUUUUGAUUCCCGAAAAUGGGGGGGGGGGACCAUGUACAAAAGCUUCUAUAAUUUCUAAACGGUUCAUCCAAUAUGUAUGAAAAUACCCUCAAAUUAAAGCUGACAGUCUGCACUUCACCCUCAUUGUCAUUGUAUCCUUUCAAACUCAAAGUGCUAGAGUACAGAACCAAAAUAACAAAGAAAUGGUCACUGUCCAAUGAAUUAUGGUGCUCACUGUAUAUCACACACACAUACGGUAGAGGAUAGGCGGGCUGGAGGCUAGACUAGAGCAGUGUUUCUCAAACCUAUCCUUGAGUACCCCAUUUCACUUAUUUGUUAUAUUCCAGUACUAGCAUGAUUUAAACUAAUCGAGUGCUGAUGAGUAGUUGACCAGUUGAAUCAGGUGUGCUGGUGCUGGAAUAGAUAAAAUAAGUGGAAUGGUUGGGGGAAACACUGGGCUGGACUGGGUAGAGAAGGAUCUAGGGGGCUAGGGAGGGUGUUCUGUGUGUGUUUGCUUUGCCAACAGGGCCGUCUCACAGAAACUAACAUGUCUUUUCCCUGUAAACCUCAAUUUACAACACACACCACACGAUGUAGCUAAUGUGUUUUCCAUCUGGCAGUGUUAGCCACAGGACAAACAGUUUAUGGCUCAGCAACACAUGACCUAGAAACUGAUCAUUAAAAAGAGGAGAGGAGAGGAGAGAAGGAAUAGUUAAAGGGAUACUUUGGGAUUUUGGCAAACGAGGCCCUUUAUCUACAUCCCCAGAGUCAGAUGAACUUGUGGAUACCAUUUUUAUGUCUCUGCGUGCAGAUUGAAGGAAGUUGCUAUUAGCGCUAGCGCAAUUGCUAACUAGCAUGUUAACAUAUACCCAUAGACUUGUAUUCAUUGUGCUAACACUAGUUAGCAUUGGCUCGCAAAACUACCUCUAACUUUCUUCAUACUGUAUACAGAGACAUAAAAAUGGUAUCCACGAGUUCAUCCGACUCUGGGGAAGUAUCCCUUUAACUAUUCCUUCUCUCCUCUCCUCUCCUCUCCUCUUUAUAUACUGUAUACAGAGACAUAUCCCAAAGUAUCCCUUUAACUAUUCCUUCUCUUCCUCCCCUCUCCUCUCUAUAUACUGUAUACAGAGACAUAUCCCAAAGUAUCCCUUUAAAGGGAGAUGUAAAAGGUAGUACUAGGCAAAGGAGGAGGAGAGGAGAGGAGAGGGGGAGUAGAGAGAAGAGGAGAGGAGAGGGGGAGUAGAGAGAAGAGGAGAGGAGAGGGGCCUUGAGAAGAGGAGAGGGAGGGGAGGAGAGCUCUCCAGGUCGCUCUUGCUUAGGGCGUCCAAGGAUUGGAGUGAACUCCUCAGGCGGUUCUCUCCCGGCCUUCUCCGCAUUGAAUCCCCUUCUCUUCUCUCUGCUCAGCGUUCAAGGAUUCUCUCUUUUCGGAGGUCUCGCGACCGGUCAGCUCGGGGGAGUAGGAAAAGGAGGAGAGGAGAGGGGGGCUGGAUGAUUUAAGUUGGUUUAUGGUUCCUGUUAGACUGAAACUCAGCAGGACACCUAGCCAGCCUGCCGCUUUGAACACACAAACACACUCACACACACCACGUAUCACACAGGCACUCACGCACACCCAGCAGAAAAACACAUUCCCCUGUGUUUCUGUGGUGUCAGUGAUUUUGCCUUUGAGUGGUUGUAGUUCCCGUAAAGCAGCAAUCACAGUUGUUAACACCAAACCUCUCCUAUCCUUAGGGAACCUAAAGUCCUGAGGCAUUACACACCCAAUACUGACCUACAGUACUACUGCAUGACCUGUUAUGAAUCGUACUACAUACUGGACUACUAUUUUAGGAUGUUUUCAAACUUCAGCAUGCAUAUACUGUAUCAUGUCACUCAGCAGAUAGGAGCUGUCAAUCAAAUCAGAAACUCACUGAUGUGUUCUCUCUGUCUCUUCCCCAUCUGUGUCUCUCUCGGUCUCUCUCUCUCUCUCGGUCUUUCCCUCUCUCUCUCGGUCUGUCUCUCUCUCUCUCUCUCUCUCUCUCUGUCUUUCCCUCUGUCUAUCUGUCUGUCUGUCUACCUGUCUCUCUCUCUCUCAGACUUUGAGGAUCUGUUUGAUGAGGAGGACCUGCAGUGAAUGAGGAAGACCCUAUAUACCCAUGAUCACCUGUGUGUGUGUGUGUUGUGUGUUUUGUGUGUGUGUGUGUGUGAGAGAGACAUUACAAUCGUAAGAACUGUGAAACCAGAACCAUUUUCAUGGUGGAAGUGCUUUUGAAGAACCCCACCUCAUUUCCACUGUGUUUGUUAAAUAAAGCCUUUUCUAAAAAGCAGGUGUAUGUGAAUUCUGUGGAUCCCAUGCAUUCCAUAGAUGGGCUAAAUUAUCAGUGUGGGUUUUGAGCCGUCAUGUUUCAAUGUGCUGCGGCAGGCAGGCAGGUCUGUAGGCGCUGAGAAACUCCUGUUAGUGAAGAAAUAAUUACAUAUGCCAUAACAUCACAUGCUCACACAUACCUAUAAUAUUUAUAUACAACAUCCCCAGCUAACACGACCACUACACAGAUGGCUAUUGUACAGCAACACUACAAAUCAUGUAGAGCAGUGGUAUUCAAAGUCGGGGUCACGGGGAACUGCAGUAGGGUUGCCAAAAUGUAUAUAUAUAUACACACAGUGCCUUCGGAAAGUACUCAGACCCCUAGACUUUUUCCACAUUUUGUUAUGUUACAGCCUUAUUCUGAAAUUGAUUAAAUUAAAAAUGUUCCUCAUCAAUCUACCCACAAUACCCCAUAAUGACAAAGUGAAAACAGGUUUUAAUUUUUUUUGGCACAUUUAUGAAAAUAAAAAACAGAAAUACCUUAUUUACAUAAGUAUUCAGACCCUUUGCAAUGAGACUCGAAAUUGAGCACAGGUGCAUCCUGUUUCUAUUGAUCAUCCUUGAGAUGUUUCCACAACUUGAUUGGAGUCCACCUGUGGUAAAUUCAAUUGAUUGGACAUGAUUUGGAAAGGCACACACACCUGUCUAUAGAAGGUCCCGCAGUUGACAGUGCAUGUCAGAGCAAAAACCAAGCCAUGAGGUCGAAGGAAUUGUCCGUAGAGCUCCGAGACAGGAUUGUGUCGAGGCAGUAGGGUACCAAAAAAUUCGGCAACAUUGAAGGUCCCGAAGAAUACAGUGGCCUCCAUCAUUCUUAAAUGGAAGAAGUUUGGAACCACCAAGACACUUCCUAGAGCUGGCCGCCCGGCCAAACUGAGCAAUCGGGGGAGAAGGGCCUUGGUCAGGGAGGUGACCAAGAACCCGAUGGUCACUCUGACAGAGCUCUAGAGUUCCUCUGUGGAGAUGGGAGAACUUUCCAGAAGGACAACCAUCUCUGCAGCACUCCACCAAUCAGGCUUUAUGGUAGAGCGCCAGACAGAAGCCACAUGACAGCCCACUUGGAGUGUAUAUAUAUUUUUUGUUGGUAUUUUACUCCAAUUUUUGUGGUAUCCAAUUGGUAGUUACAGUCUUGUCCCAUCGCUGCAACUCCCGUACGGACACGGGAGAGGCGAAGGUCGAGAGUCGCGCGUCCUCCGAAACACAACCCAACCGAGCCGCACUGCUUAUUGACACAGUGCCCGCUUCACCCUGAGGCCAGCCGCACCAAUGUGUCGGAGGAAACACCGUACACCUGGCGUCCGAGUCAGCGUGCACUGCGGCCGGCCCGCCACAGGAGUCGCUAGUGCGCGAUGGGACAAGAACAUCCCUGCCGGCCAAACCCUACCCUACCCUACCCUGGGCCAAUUGUGUGCCGCCCCAUGGGUCUCCCGGUCGCGGCUGGCUGCGACAGAGCCUGGACUCGAACCAGGAUCUCUAGUGGCACAGCUAGCACUGCGAUGCAGUGCCUUAGACCACUGCUCCACUCGGGAGGCCUAGCCCACUUGGCAGCAUCAUGCUGUGGGGAUGUUUUUCAGCGGCAGGGACUGGGAGACUAGUCAGGAUCGAGAGAAAGAUGAACAGAGCAGAGUACAGAGAGAUCCUUGAUGAAAACCUGCGCCAGAGCACUCAGGACCUCAGACUAGGGCGAAGGUUCACCUUCCAACAGGACAACGACCCUAAGCACACAGCCAAGACAAUGCAGGAGUGGCUUCAGAACAAGUCUCUGAAUGUCCUUGAGUGGCCCAGCCAGACCCAGGACUUGAACCCGAUCGAACAUCUCUGGAGAGACCUGAAAAUAGCUGUGCAGUGACGCUCCCCAUCCAACCUGACAGAGCUUGAGAGGAUCUGCAGAGAAGAAUGGGAGAAAUUCCCCAAAUACAGCUGUGCCAAGCUUGUAGGUUCAUACCCAAGAAGACUCAAGGCUGUAAUCGCUGCCAAAAGUACUUCAACAAAGUACUGAGUAAAGGGUCUGAAUACUUAUGUAAAUGUGAUAUUUCCGUUUUUUAUUUUUAAUACAUUUGCAAAAAUGUCUAAAAACCAGUUUUCGCUUUGUCAUUAUGGGGUAUUGUGUGUAGAUUGAUGAGGGGGAAAAAAACAAUUUAAUCCAUUUUAGAAUAAGGCUGUAAUGUAACAAAGUGGAAAAAGUGAAGGGGUCUGAAUACUUUCCAAAUGCUCUGUGUGUGUGUGUAUAUAUACUGUAUAUUUUUUUUGGGGGGGGGGACAAAACAUUUAGAGUACAGAUUAUUGUAUGGGACAAUAAACGAUUUUGAGAAAGAUAAUUAGAAAAAUAAAAUGUUAAUGUAUUUAUUGGUUUAUUUUCAUUUUCAUAAUAGAUGAAAAUGCAUUGAAUUGAAGGUUAUUUGUUGAUGUAAAAAUAAAGAUUUACCGAUUUUAAGGUUGUGAUUUAGAUUUGGAGUGGGAUAGGGUUACAAGAUAUUCUUGGGGAAAAAAUGGGGUCCCCAGAUAUUCUGGUGGAAAAAUGGGGUCCCCACUGAAAAAGUUUUAAUACCACUGAUGUAGAGGGUGGUAUAAAGGCCAUUCGUAAUCCAAUUCCAAAUUUGCCUUGAGGCCACAGGUAUCUGAUGUCGCAGUCAGACGAGCUUCCAAAGCAACCACAGAACAGGGAAUCCAUAGCUCCGAUAGUGAAAAAACAUUUCAUUUCCAAACAAAAGGUAAUUUCAUAGGCUAUAUUCCAUCGAUGAUCAAAGUCAAAGCGAUCAGAUUUAAACUGUAGACAAAAGGUAUAGACUAGUAGCAGCUUUCUUAGUUCUAAGUCUUGGCAUAGCGGUCAAAAAACUGUAAGUUACCGCCAUACCUGAGGCCUAGUAGACCCAUACUGCUAAAAACCUAAAUAGCUAAUGGGAAGGGGAACAUGGGGAAAAAAGGGAUGUGCCCAGGAAAGGCUCCAUAAUGCUUUUAAAUACCCAUAAUAACCAUAAUAGAAAAACCAAAAACAGGAGUUCAUCAACCAUACUCCAUAAUUCAUAAUGAAAUAUUUAUACUUAUAAUCAAUAAUACAAUUAUUCUAAAUGGCGAAAACAAUCAAUAAAUAAAGAAAAUGGUAAUUUGGCUCCAACAGGUGGCAAAAUAGUUUUCACAUUUGGCAAAGGGUGUAUUCAUUACUGCACAGUGUAGCAAAAUGUUUCACAGCAGAACACGAUUUCAUAUUGGAUAAGUUCAGGUAGUCACUCCCCAUUUCAGCCUGUUAGCUUCAGUUUUGUUCCUAGUGAAUACGACCCUGAUGUAAGGAUCUUUGUUAUAAUGUAUACUAUUAUUAUACCAAUAUUGACCACUACUGAGAAAGGCGCUGAACACACAGGGAUUUUGUAUCUGUAAAUGUUUUUUCAUAAAGUUCAUAAGUUGCCGGAUAACAAAGAGGAGAGCUAUCUGUGAUAUUUCUACAACUUUCUCCAUCGUUUUACAUACAUAAGUUGAAACUGAAAUCAAAAGCCACUGUAAGCAAGUAGGACCUGUGUGUGUGUGUGUGUGUGUGUGUUGGUCUCUGUAGCGAUAGUUCGAUCUUGGCCUUGGGAUUGAACAGCUCUUCAGUGUCCGGAUUCUGUCCCUCUGGAGCCGCACUCACACACAUCUACGCCUGUGGUAUUCGGCGCAUGUGACAAAUAAAAAUGUAUUAGUUUAGCAUUAAUGUUUGUGUGUGUAAACCCUCUGUAACAGGGCAGAUGUGUCUGAACUGUAGAACUAAGGAGGAAACUGUAGAUUAUGAAAUUCCUGUUGGUUAGACCAGCUGUCAGUGUGUGUGCCAACAGGGCUGUCUAACAGUAGCUAACAGGCAGGGUUUUGGCCCUUCCAAAAUGGGGUUCUGGGAAGUGCUUAUGUGGCACCUUUACCCCCCUUCCCCCUUCAUUAUUUCCUCUGUUUUACCAUGUUGCGCUCUCUCUCUCUCUCUCUCUCUCUCUCUCUCUCUCUCUCUCUCCUCCUCUACUCCCACCUCUCCCUGUUCUCUCCUGUUCUCUCCUCUAUCUCUCUGUCUCCUCAUCUUCUCUUUACCCUCUUUUCUAUCUGUCUCUCCUCUCCCUCUCUGGAACGUCCUCGUCUCUCUCCGGUCUCUGUCUCCUCCUCGUCCUACGUCCCUCUGCUCUCUCUGUCUUGUCUAUCCUCUCUUCCUCUCUAUGCUUGUCUGUUGUGUCUCUGUUCUGUUUCUCUCUCGCUGUUCUUCUCUGCUCUGUCUGUCUCUCGCUCUGCUCUUCUCUCUCUGUCUCUCUCUCCUCUCCUCUCUCUCUCUCUCUCUCUCUCUCUCUCCUCUCUCUCUCUCUCUCUCUCUCUCUCUCUCUCUCUCUCUCUCUCUCUCUCUCCUCUGUCUCUCCCUCUGUCUCUCUGUCUCUCUCCCUCUGUCUGUCUCUCUCUCUCUGUCUCACUCUCUCUCUCCCUCUGUCUCUGUCUCUCCCUCAGUCUGUCUGUCUGUCUGUCUGUCUGUCUCUCUCUCUCUGUCUCACUCUCGCUGUCAUCUGCUUCUUUCUCUCUCACUGUAAUCACGUAGUCUCUGAUUGGUGAGGUGGCUGAGCGGACAGCAGCCAAUAGCAGCUCUGGUAGCAAUGCCCCUCGAUCCUCUGGGAAGGUGUGUGUGUACGUGUGUGUGUGUUAAUGAUUAGGGGUCCGUUUAAAACCAGACGGAACCAUUUGUGGGGACACAGUCUGUCAGUAGGGCCAGAGGGACAGGGUGCGCCAGGAGACUCACACACUUGAACAUCCAGCCUCUGAACCGAACCGGGCCAGGCAGCUUCGUCUGAUACAGCCUCUGUUCAAGAUCCAACAGAGAAAAUCAACUACACACACUACAGGUAAGACAACAACAGGGGUUCAAGGGAUCGGUUGUUUGGUGACACCUUAAAUAUUACAUAUUGAUCAAAACUGACAUGAUGUCUGUUAGGUUGGUGAGUCCAUCUCUUCAGUAUGAGAUUAGAUGGUUCUGAUCAACAGAGAGAUGGGGACCUAGGUCAGGAUUAAGUUCAGUUCGAGGUUGGGUUUAAGUCCAGUUUAAAGUCAAGGUUAGAAGGUUUAAGUGCUCUGCCUCUGAAACACCUGUAGCCUGUGUAGGAGAGUCAACCAGCAGAGCAGCCUAAACCCCUGCAGACAGAACACCCUCUGAGGCUGCAGUUUAGACGGGUGGAAGCAGACCCACUGGUGGGUGAUGGAUGUAGCCUGGAGACAUUGUCUUGCUUGCCACAAGAAAAAAUAAAACAUCUAAAGAGUGAUUUAGCCUGACCAGUGCACUGGGUAAAGGCAGCACUUUAUUUGACAGUAAGUCGUUUUUACAGUGGUAUUUACACGGUUUUUACCUGAAAUUGUCUAUAGGAGCGGUGGAGGCCAUGGCUGGAGGGAGGAGAGCAUCGUUCUCCGGUGUGCUCACUGUUUCUCUGCUAGCUACCAUACUGCUGCCUGGUGAGUCACAUGCAUGCAUGCACCAUCAAUCAAACAAAGAGGUUAAGGUCAGGAUGGAUGAAGGACUUUGUGAUGGAUGGAGUUUGUGAUGGAUGGAGGACUUUGUGAUGGCUGGGGUCCUGUGUGGCUCAGUUGGUAGAGCAUGGUGCUUGCAACGCCAGGGUUGUGGGUUCGAUUCGCACCGGGGACCAGUAUGGGGGGAAAGUACGAAAAUGUAUGAACUCACUAAUGUAAAUCGCUUUGGAUAAGAGCGUCUGCUACAUGACUUAAAUGUGAAUAUUGAUUCUCGACCUCGCCUGUCUGCCUCUGAUAAGGACCUGUUAUUAUAACAUGAAGUAAUUUAUGUAACUGCCUUAGAGCAACUGCCUCCAACCCAGGUGUUUCUGGUUAUGUGUUGACAUGAUUGACAGUUCCCCUCAGGGGUACUCUUUACUGAAUCUCCUAUUUCCUCUAAAACUGUCUCUCAAACAGACCCAUAAUCCUAACCUUAACUAACCCGUCAUGUAUUUACAAGGAGGGAGGGAGAGGAGAGGAGAGGGAGGGAAUUUGGGUGUGUUCUUUCAGCGUUACAACUCUUGUAAAAGCUUAUUACCUGUCAGCAUCAGAGUCCCGCUCUCUCCUUGCUCCUGCACCCCCUCCCCUCCAUCCUGUAAAGACUGUUUUCCAGAUGUUCCAGUCUUUUACUGGCUCCUUAAAUAUAAUACAGCAGAUACAUUGAGACAGCAACAUUUACCCCAACACCACACAGACCUCCCUCCCUCCAUCCAUCCAUCUAUCUCUUUCUUCCCUCUUCUCUCUCUUCUCUUUCUCGCUCCCUCUCUUUUCCCCCUUCUCUAUCGCUCUCUCUCUCUCUACCUCCAUCCCUCUCUGUCCUUCCCUCUGAAAACUGUUCACACCUUUUCCCUGUGGAGAUGAAAGAGCAAGCAUGCAGAGCUGUGUACUGUUUCCUACACACACACACACAUACACACACAGUCUUGUACAGCUAACCUUGUGGACACACACAAUUCAGUCACAUUCAAAAUCCUAUUUUCCCUAAACCUAACCCUAACCCGUACUCUUACCCUAACCCAAAAACCUAACCCUAAACCUAACCCUAGCUCCUUACCCUAAAACGAACCCUAGCUCCUACCUCUAACCCUAAACCUAAUUCUAACCCUAACACUAAUUCUAACCUUAACCCUAAACCCCCUAGAAAUAGCAUUUUACCUUGUGGGGACUAACAAAAUGUCCCCAGUUGGUCAAAUUUUUGUUUGUUUUCUAUUCUUGUGGGGACUUCACACACACACACACACACACACACACACACACACACACACACACACACACACACACACACACACACACACACACACACACACACACACACACACACACACACACACACACACACACACACACACACACACACACACACACACACACACACACACACACACACACACAGCUCUGUGAGGUAGCUGGCCCAGUAGGGGUCCACUGUUACUGGCUCACCUAUAAAAUCUACAAAGAGCCGUAGUCACCGAACCUCCAGGCAAGGCACUGGCAAUUACCCUUGCUCUGUAAACCUGUGUGUGUGCGUUUAAUCGCACAAAUUUCCACACAGUGUGUUAUUAGUGUAUGUAAGCGUUUUGGGGGUCUGCAGCUGACACUGGCAACAUCUGGCUCUGACUGUGUGUGUGUUGUUUGUGUUCUCAGAAUUCCUGUUGGCGGGGCCGGUGGUUCAGAAGCUCAAAGGAGAUGGUAAAUAUGUGACUACCUAACAAACACACUUUACAUACACAACAAUGUUUGAUGCUUGAUGUCUCGCCAGUAGGGGAUGCCACUGAGGAGACAGCGGUUGCCAUGGCGUUGCCAAGGAGGCUUGUCCGUAACCGUAGAAACAUCAGCUGGUACAAGCAACACUCAGACUUCUGGAGCUGGUACAAAUACUUCACCGACAAUGGAAACACGGAGGCAGUGAGUACACUCGGAGGAGUUUGGGGGGUUAUCUGUGCAUGGUCCCAAACCUGGUCCCAAGAGGCCAACACUAACUAACCACCGACCUUCAGAGUUGAGUAUCAUCUACUUAGAGAAUAAAAGGGAUAUUAUGUUUGAGAAUGACAUGGGAACCUAGGGGAACACCGCAGGUAUCUCUCUUCAUGUUCUUGCUUAUUUCCUGGCUUUUGCUUUCAUCUUUAUGAACCUCGUAUAUACCUGGUCCUUUUCUUUAAUACCUCAUACCUCUAACCUCAUAUACCUCUAUCCUCAUAUACCUCUAUCCUCAUAUAUCUCUAACCUCAUAUACCUCUAACCUCAUAUACCUCUAACCUCAUAUACCUCUAUCCUCAUAUACCUCUAUCCUCAUAUACCUCUAUCCUCAUAUAUCUCUAACCUCAUAUACCUCUAACCUCAUAUACCUCUAACCUCAUAUACCUCUAACCUCAUAUACCUCUAACCUCAUAUACCUCUCCAUCCCCAUUACUCUUUUUUUCUUUCUCUCCUCCCCCCCCCCAGGUCCAGGAGCUGGACAGGGUCUACCUGGCCUACCUCCAGAAUAAGAACCGUGCUGAGGGCCGUCGCUCCUACAAGGCCUACCUGGGCCACCUAGGGGACAUCUACAAGGCCUGCGCUGACUCAGAGGACCCAAACUGUGUGGCCUCUGCAACCAACCGGCCCAAACCUGAACCCAAGACCCCUCCCAAGCCCAUCCCCGUACCUGUCAAGGCUUGUGACCCCUAUAGGUUAGUCAUGUUAAUUUAUAUCUGUGUUAAAUCAUUUUAUGCUCAUGAAAUGAAUCUAAUCUCAUCUCUUGUGUAGGGACCCGUAUUGUCUCUAUGCUGCCAUGGCACAUGCCAAGAGCCAGCCUCCACCUGCCCCCGCCCCGGUCAAGGCGCCAGCCCCCCUGUAUGCACGUUCCCCUGUGGCUGUUAAAGACCCUCAUUCUGGGUACUACUACUACUCCCCUGCCGUGCAGUCCUUCCUCUCCAAGGUACAGUAUUACUACACCAGUACUGCUACUACUGUAUUACUACACCAGUACUGCUACUACUGUAUUACUACACCAGUACUGCUACUACUGUAUUACUACACCAGUACUGCUACUACUGUAUUAGUACACCAGUACUUCUACUACUGUAUUACUACACCAGUACCUCUACUACUGUAUUAGUACACCAGUACUGCUACUACUGUAUUACUACACCAGUACUUCUACUACUGUAUUACUACACCAGUACUGCUACUACUGUAUUACUACACCAGUACUGCUACUAUUGUAUUACUACACCAGUACUGCUACUACUGUAUUACUACACCACUACUACUACUACUGUAUUACUACACCAGUACUUCUACUACUGUAUUACUACACCAGUACUGCUACUACUGUAUUACUACACCAGUACUGCUACUACUGUAUUAGUACACCAGUACUUCUACUACUGUAUUACUACACCAGUACCUCUACUACUGUAUUAGUACACCAGUACUGCUACUACUGUAUUACUACACCAGUACUUCUACUACUGUAUUAGUACACCAGUACUGCUACUACUGUAUUACUACACCAGUACUGCUACUACUGUAUUACUACACCAGUACUUCUACUACUGUAUUAGUACACCAGUACUGCUACUACUGUAUUACUACACCAGUACUGCUACUACUGUAUUACUACACCAGUACUUCUACUACUGUAUUAGUACACCAGUACUUCUACUACUGUAUUACUACACCAGUACUUCUACUACUGUAUUACUACACCAGUACUGAUACUACUGUAUUACUACACCAGUACUUCUACUACUGUAUUAGUACACCAGUACUUCUACUACUGUAUUACUACACCAGUACUUCUACUACUGUAUUACUACACCAGCACUGCUACUACUGUAUUACUACACCAGUACUGCUACUACUGUAUUACUACACCAGUACUGCUACUACUGUAUUACUACACCAGUACUGCUACUACUGUAUUACUACACCAGUACUGCUACUACUGUAUUACUACACCAGUACAGCUACUACUGUAUUACUACACCAGUACUGCUACUACUGUAUUACUACACCAGUACUUCUACUACUGUAUUACUACACCAGUACUGCUACUACUGUAUUACUACACCAGUACUGCUACUACUGUAUUACUACACCAAUACUGGUUCUACUGUAUUACUACACCAGUACUGCUACUACUGUACUGCUGUAAAUUAACGUAGUCAUUGUUGUUUUUAUUCUCAUCAAGGAGCAGAAGGCGGAGCUGCUGCGUAUCUGUUCAGCGGAGGACGUGGAGUGUCUCCAGUUCCACCUGAGAGCUGCUUUCGGCUACAAGCCAUCUGCUGGGCCCCUGCCCUCCUACGCCCACCUGGGCUGUGACCCGAAAGACCCCGGCUGUAAACCCCAGCUGGUCCAGAAAGCCCCCUCUGGCCUCUUCCUCCGUUACCCCAACUGUGACCCCAGAGACCCUCGCUGUGCCUACGCUGCAUCGCUACAGGUAAGACUAUUAUUAUUAUUAUCAUUAUCAUCGUCAUUAUUAUUAUGAUUAUAUCAUUUUACUAUCAUGAUCAUGAUUGUCCAUCCGUCCCCAGGCACCCCGUGCCCCUGCACCCCCUGCCCCGGCCGGUCCUGGUUCCUGCAACCCUCUGUUUGAAGACGGCUGUAACCCUCUCACCGCCACAAAGUUUGCCACGGCACCGGAGGAGUUCAAUGACGAACACAAAGAUGAACCCGCCGCAAUGCGCGCCGCACCCCCAGCCCCUGAGCAACGCAGUGACCCAUUCACUAUGUACAGGGAUGCUUAUGCUAACACUAAUGGUAACCGCCAAGCCAGUGCUCCCAGCGAUCCAGCUAGUGACCCAUACGCCAUGUACCGCCAAGCCAGUGUUACCAGCGCUCCAGCUAGCGACCCAUAUGCCAUGUACCGCCAAGCUAUUGCUAACGCUCAAGCUAACGACCCAAACACCAUGUAUAAGCAGGCUAAUGCUAAUGCUAAUACUAACGAUCCCUUUGCAAUGUUCCGUGAAGCCGCCGCCUCCAUGCACAGACGUACCCACCCCUCCCUCCAGCAGCAAGCCCCCGCCCCCCCUCCCCGCUAUGAGGAAUCCCCCCAGGAGGAUCGCCACCCGCUGGGCCCCCGAGGAAAGACCAAGGAUGGCUACGAAUGCUACAUCGGCUACGACCAGGAGUGCUACCCAAUAACCAGCGCAGAGCCGCGUUCCGGUUCCCACCGUAACACCGCCUACCCUGCUGAGCCCUACGAGCCGCAUCUCAACGCUGAUGGAUCACGGAACGGAGUCGUGGAGCCUUCCGACCCCAACUGUGACCCGGAGUACGACACCAACUGUCGCCUGCGCCGUUACCAAUCCCAGGAGGAGCUGCUACCAUACGCCAACGCCCAGGCUGAACACCAGGGGCAGCCAGAGCCCAGCCAGGGCCACAGUUACAGCCAGGGAGAGCCAGAGAGAGACAGCGAUUCAGAGUCAGAGCCAUACCAGAGUGGCCAGGAGGAGGCCUACGGGGCUUAUCCCCCUCCCUCGCAGGGGCUGUCGUACGGGUCCUACCCCUCACCCCAGCGGGGAAUGCCCAGCUUCCAGGACAUGCUGAGAGGAUACGGAGAUCAGUACCCUGAACAUGACGACCACAGAGCAUACGCUGCUGACUACAGCAAAAAAUAA